AUGUCGCGUCAAAGUGACUGGCGCGUGACUCGCGAGGACUCACUCUUGACCAUGUCUCUUCAAAGAACUUAUAGCUCCAAAAAGCGCACCUUCAGAGCCUCAUCCACAGAACCACUCUCUCCGCCUUCUGCUUCCCCUGUGGUCGGCCAGAAGCGCAAACGACAACCUCUAGAGGAGCAUCUCGGAAACAUCACUACCCCUGCUACGAAGCAACCCAAACUCGCCAAGGCCAAACCGCGCACAACCACGCCAAAAGCGAAAGAGAAGCCCAAAUACACCCAGCUACACUUCAACAUCGACCAGAGUGUCCUUCGCUCGUGUUCACUAUGUGGACUGUCUUAUAACAAAGGCGCGCCAGACGACGAAUCACUUCACAAAUCACAUUGCACGCGAGUUCAGAAGGGUAUGGAAUGGGGCCGCGACGAGGAGAAGGAAUGCUCCAAAGCAGGCGUUGUCGAGGUUUCUUCCAACGUCAAACUCAAGAAUGGACUGAGAGGAAGAAUCAUUUCGUUCCGUGCUGAUCUCGGUGGCAAGAUUGGGUCCAAGAUUUCAGUUCUACUCAAUACCAUAAACCUCACUCUGUCCGCUCCCGAUCUGACCCCCGACAUCUUACGUGCUUCAAAAGUGUACUUGUUCCUCGUCCCCUCGGUGGCGUCGACAUUCCGGGAGAAGAUUAUUGGCUGCGUCGUUGCCCAGCAAAUUUCCGCGGCUAUGGUCAUUGCCAGUGUAGCCGAGUGUACGGCUGCCUCCAAACUGGUCGCUGUUGACACCAGCACUGGCAUCUUCUGCCACCCAGAUCUGCUUCCAACGCCACUCGGUAUCCCACGUCUAUUCGUUCCUUCCUCCCACCGUCGACAGGGAGUCGCUAGCAAGUUGCUGACGGCUGCAGCAGAGACAUUUAUCUAUGGGUGCCGAUUGGACCCUCGGAAGGGUCAAGUGGCAUUCACACAGCCAACGGGGGACGGAAACGCAGUGAUGCGACAGUGGGGAGGAGGUGGAGUGCGAAUAUACGAGGAAUAG